GAAAGACUCUAAAUAACGGUAAGAACAUCUCGUGUAUUCAAUUGCUUUGAUUGUCAGAUUUCUCAUAUAAUAGCCGGUCCCACCAUGACCAGUGCGGCAGCAGACCUACCUCCGUUACCCCUCCCCGAUGGAAUCUCGGAGCACUACAUCCCAACCGAUGACUUGACAUUUCAUACUUUGGAAGCUGGCUUCUCCGCAUCUCCAACCAAGCCACUUAUUCUCCUCCUCCAUGGAUUCCCAGAGCUGGCAUACUCAUACCGGAAAAUCAUUCCAACUCUAGCAGCUUCGGGUUACUACGUCGCAGCCUACGACCAGCGUGGCUACGGCCGCACGACCGGCUGGGAUACGAGACCGUAUUCUGAAGUCGAUCUCACGUCAUACGUGGCAACGCGCAUCGUUACAGAUGCCGUGAGAUUAGUUUCCGCCCUAGGGUACAGCGAAGUGGCAUGCAUAGUCGGCCACGAUUUCGGCGCCGUCGGCGCCAGUCUUUGUGCCCUGAUCCGCCCAGACAUAUUUAAGAGCACGGUACUGAUGUCCCACCCCUUCCGCGGAGUUUCGGCCUUCCCCUUGAACACAUGGCGGAACCCCGCUCCCCGGUCACCUGCCAAACCGGAUAUCCAAGCUUCCCUCGCGGGGCUGGAUCCGCCGAGGAAGCACUACAAGUGGUACUACUCCACCGAGCCGGCUUGUCGGGAGAUGACAUCCCCCGCAGCCGGUCUGAAGAGCUUUUUGCGGGGUUACUUCCACUUGAAAUCCGCAGACUGGGCUGGAAACGCACCGCACCCGUUGUCAGCUUGGUCAGCGGGCGAACUCUCCAAGCUUCCGAAUUACUACGUCAUGUCCCUCGAUUCCACUAUGGCGGAGACGGUAGCGCAGGAUAUGGCACUUGAAGACGCCGCAGCAGUGGAAACGAAAGCUGCCCGUUGGUUACCAAACUCCGAGCUCGCAAUCUACGCCGCUGAGUACGCGCGGACCGGGUUCCAGGGCGGUCUGAACUACUACCGCGUCGCUACGAACCCGGUGUAUCAAGCUGAUAUGGCUGUAUUUGCAGGUAAGAAGAUUGAGGUGCCGUGUCUCUUUAUCUCAGGGGCACAGGACUGGGGUACGUAUCAGAACCCAGGGGCGGUGGAGGGGAUGGGCGAGGCGUGUAGGGAGUUUGGAGGGGUGAAGAUUGUGGAGGGUGCGGGGCAUUGGGUUAUGCAGGAGCGGCCGGAUGAGGUUGCGGCGUUGAUUUUGGAGUUCUUGGGGUAG